UGUGUCUGUACAUCUUCGCCGAACGUUAUAUUUUAAUUCUUUUUAUACAAAUAUUUGUACUAUCUUUAUACUGACCUUUAUAUAUAACUUUUUGUUAUAACUUUGUUACUUUUUGAACUGAAUGUUAUAAAGCGGAAGUCAAUAAUGGGAUUGCAGACUUUCGAGAAGAAAAGCGGUGUGGAUUCUCAUGAAUUUGAAGCUCCGGAUGGUGGAUGGGGUUGGAUCGUGGCGAUAGGAGUUGCAGCAUUAUUCGUUGUCACAUUAACGCCAGACAGCUGUUUUGGUCUCAUCUUUGGAGACUUCCUGGUGGACGUGGGUGCAGGAACAGCAUAUGUAACAACUGGUGUCAGUGUGUGCAUCGGUUCCGCGGCUGCACUAGGUCUUGUGAUGAACUAUGCUCUGAACACUUUCACCUGUCGCCAAGUGGGACUGACGGGUUCAGUUAUAUACUUUUGUGGCAGUUUUCUCACAGCCUUUGCUACUAAUGUGUACCAGAUCAUAUUCACGUACGGUAUAAUGCAAGGAAUUGGUUUGGGACUUAUGGUACCAGCUGCUUUCACCAGCUUCAACCAUUACUUCGUCCGCCGAAGGACAUUUGCAAUGGCAGUAACUCAGAUGAUCAUUGGAGGGGCAGCAAUGGUGGUUCCUUUGGCGAUACAAAUGUUGCUAGAAGAAUAUGGAUUCAGAGGCACUCAAGCUAUAAUUGCAGCCUUCAGCCUGCAUGCAAUGCUUGGUAUGGUCGUGCAACAACCCGUGAAGUAUCAUAUAAAAAGAAAGAAACAUUCCAUUCCAUUAUCGUCAGAUUUUACACCACGUCCAAGUGCUGAUAUAAUUGUUCAUGGAGAAGGAACGUGGCAUGCAGACAUUGAGAAAAGCAGCGAAGUCAAUAUAAGAAUUCAACAACAUCGUUCAGAAAUGGGGGAAGAUAGUGAGGUGAAUAUAAAAAUUAAUAAACAACAUUCCGAAUUGAAGGCUACAAACAGAAAUAGGGCAAUUUCUCAAGAAUUAAUCAAUAUACAAUUUCAGAAUAAAAAUAUGUGUGUGGACAAUUCUGAUGGAAAAGAAUCUCUUGGAAUUUUAGGCGAAGUAAAGGAUGCGGGUAGGAGUAAGGAAAGUAUGGAAACAGAGACUGAUAAACAAAAAAAUGAACACGAUAGUGCACAAAAAGUGGGCGAACAUGUGGAUUCGGAAAGUAAUGUGUCCGAUGAACAUAAAUUUUUGAUGCAAAGUGGACACUCCAAAAAAUAUGGGCAUGUCGAGCAGGUGACCGCAGAAAUUGGAAUUACAGUUAAGAGAGCGGAUCCAGCUUCUGUGACAAGGAUGCCAAAAAGUAGGUCACAGGUUUCAGUUCCAGUCACGGAUAAAAUAAAGGAUGUUUACAGAACGAGGUACGACUCAAUAAGAGAUGCUCCGAGCCUGGGAAGCACCGAAUCUCAAGAUGGAUGUGACCGAUGCUGGACGUCCGUCGUUAAUUUUUUGGAUCUGCGUCUGCUCUUGGACCCAGUGUACGUCAACAUCUCAGUUGGCAUUUCAUUCUCUCUUAUCUGCAUGCUCCAAUUUUUUGCCUUUUAUCCAAUCCUUGUCCUCGAUCUCGGGUAUUCGAAAUCUGACACUGCAAUAUUCAUUGCUGUGUGCAACGCUAUGGACCUUGCGGGACGCCUUGUCAUAGCGCUUAUUGGUAUUCUGAACCCAAACUUCACUAGCAGGAGCCUGUUCAUGGUUGGAACAGUAACGACGGUCGCUGGAAGACUCAUGUUAAUUCUCUUCAACGACUUCCUGGCAGUGGCCCUCAUGACCGGAUUUCUAGGCUUUGCCAGAAGUUUCAUCCAGGUUCCACUGCCCCUGGUGUUUGCGGAAUACAACCUUGAGAGGUUUCCUUCCGCUUUUGGCUUGUAUUCGGUCAUUUUUGGCUUAAUUGCUGUCAUGGUUGGACCUUUCAUUGGUUUGGUUCGAGAUGUAACAAAUAGUUACCCAGCCUGCAUCAACACGCUGAACGGUUUAACCGUCUUUGCUUGUAUAAUCCCUUGGCUUGCAGAACAUGCUGUUGUGCACAUGCGGUCAAAAUCCAAUAAAAGGGAAGGAUCAUAGCAUCACCAGUGUUUGGGAAUUAUUUCUAUUUCCACUAGAAAGAGAGCAUAGCUAAUAAAACUUUCUAAUGAGACAGGAAUUUCGAGAAACUAAUUGUUUAACCAGCUGACAGCCCAGUCUGUUUAGUGACAAUUCUAUAUCAUGGGUUAGAUAGGAAGAUAGGUUAAACUGCCGGCAGGGACAAGAGAGUUUCUCUUCCCUACAGAGAUAAAAUAGGUUCUGAGGCCUAAGGAGGACAAUUUUCUUGAAAAAAAAGAGGGACAGGGCCUUAAACUAUUCAUCAUUCACCUCCACCUAGUGUGAUGAUUUUUUUCCUUGGCACUACAGCC